AUGAGAUUGCCACAUACAAAGAUUUAUAAGCACGGCCGUGAGAAGGAAAGAGAGAAAGGGAGAGAACAAGUCGUUCAGAGGGAAGAGAAAAAGGUAGGAAAAGGAAGGAUGAGAAAACAAAAUCGGCGGACUUGGCUUCAAUACCGAAAUGGCGUUGGUGGAUCAGUUCUGAUCGAGCAAUUCCUUCGUCUUCUCCACAGAUCAAGCUUCACUCCAUCGUCUUCUCCACUCAAGUCUGAUCGAGCAACUCCUUCUCCACUCAACUCCUUCUCCACUCAAUCUCUCUUUGCUCAAGCUUCACAUAUCUCCACUCGAUCUCUCUUUGCUCAAGCCCACUCGAUGCCUCUUUGCUCAAGCUUCACGGGUCACAGCCUAUUGUUCAAGCCUCAAGCUUCACCGGUCACAGUCUAUUGCUCAAGCUUCACAGGCCCUGUAUCAUAAUAGGUUGUUCAACGGCUGUUGCUGUUA